AGGCAGAGCCACCGGCGCUAAUUGUUUGAAGGAGGGAACCUACUGAAGCCUUCCUCCUCCUCUUCAUCUUUUGCUAUUACUCUCACUUCAUUGUUACUGUUAUUGUGUGUGGCGAACCCUGUUGAAGAUAAGAGUGAUUUGAUUGCAGGAACCCAGCUGCUGCUCAAUUUGUCUUGGUGAUUGCAGAGGCAAAGUGGAAGAUGUCUAACAACAUGGCCAAGAUUGCAGACGCAAGAAAGACAGUGGAGCAGCUGAAGCUGGAGGUCAACAUAGAGAGGAUGAUGAUAUCCAAAGCAGCAGCAGAACUGAUGUCCUACUGUGAAUCUCACGCUAAAGAAGACCCUCUGCUGACUCCUGUCCCUUCAUCGGAGAACCCUUUCAGAGAGAAGAAGAUAUUCUGUGUCAUACUCUAAUUCCUUGAAAAGUCGGCAGAAUACUUUUUUUUUGUGCAUUACUGUCUUUCUAAUUAAAUCAAUCUUGGGUGACUUUCCAGAUGCGAAUGAAUGAUCCGUCUUUUCGGCAUGACAUAGAGGCAAUAAAAUUUUAUUGAAAAAGAGUGCAAAGUUCAUUGGAACAGCCCAACACUGUUGCCUUGUGCACACGGCUUACACAUUAACCAAAUCAUGUAUCUGUGUUUCCACUGCAUGCAUGUCAUUUCCUCUAAAUCUCUCCAAACUGCCUUGGCUGUUUUAAUUCAGUGCCAGCUGUUUAUCAAAAACUAAAAAUGAGGGGGGGGGGGGUUUAAACUUUAUUUAGAUAAUUACUAGAAUUAUCUAAAUAUAUUUUCUUUAAACUUAUUUUUUCUAAUACCACAAAAACUUGAGUGGGUUUCCGGGUGGCACGCGCUGCUUUUGUUGUUAAAUGAAUGCCUGGGUAAA